CGAGACGUUAUAGGACUAUACAGUCACUCGAACUCAUAAAACGGCGCACUAGAGCAAGGACGAAGAAAAGGAAACGGGAAGCAGCAGGACCUGUCGUUCCUUGUGAUAUCGCCAUAUUCAAAGUGCUGCAUAUUGAUCCCUCUAUUUCCGGAGAGAAUUCGCAGUCAAGAUCUCGGCCAGGUUGACGGACCGCUUACAGUAGAUCGUACUUACGGAUUAUUUGUGCGAUAUACAAUUGCCGCAUUGUCUAAGACAUUGGGCCGAUACUGAAAGGGUAUAUUGUCGUCACGGAAUUCAAACAGUAGAAGAGUCACCCUAAGUGCAAUCUGCUAAGGUAAAUGGAGUAAUCUACGAGAGAGGGUACAACCGAGCACAGAAAGGACAAAACUCGGUGGGAUACUAUUCCGAGGAAGCAGCAGAUUGCUGAAGUGCUCUUAGCGACGCAGUAGCUCUGAAUUUACGGAGGAGUUGACUGAAAAAACAUGACCGCGUGGUAGAUAAUCGAAUUGAAAUCACACUUUGGGGCUGGAGAUUCAUUAGUAAAAGAUGAAAAAUACGUGAGGCAUAAGACGAAAAAAAGCUGAGAGUAAAUAGCUGCCGUUCGUCGGAAAAGAUACCUUUUCAUAUUUAAAGAGGGUAAAGAAUAACGGAAGUGAAAAAAACAUGGUAUAUUAAAGUACAUAAUCUGACAAGGAUGAAAAGCAAAUUGAAAAUUGCAUAAUAUAUCGUGUACGGUUUAUAUUGUCCAAGGUAAGGAGAAAACAGGAAAUGAGAGUGUAAUAUAUAUUUAUGACAGAGCAGAAGAUAGUGGAAGAUCUUCGAAAUUCUUCAUUGCAAAACUUCUCCAAUUCGUAUAUUUAUUAUAGUGCGAAAAUGGGUUGUAGACGACUCAAUUCCAUUAUCGGAUUUCGAUUAUCGUGCAUAUUUCAUCCAUAUCUACGUGUGCCGAAAACCCACCUCUGAUUAAAGGAAAUGUAGUUACGAAAAAGCUUCAUAAUGACGGACAACGAAGACCUCAAAAUGACAAAAUCUAAAAUCCCGCGUCCUCUCAACUUGUCGGAAGCGUUGGAAGACGAGGUGCUGAAUCAAAAGACUGCUAGAAUACUUAAAAACGACCUGCUUCUACACGAAGCUGUGAUAAAGAACGAAACCGACAGCGUUCGAAGAGUGCUCAAAGAAACUGUUGACGUAGAUUCGAGAAACAACUAUGGACGGGCGCCGAUUCACUGGGCAGCGUCCAAAGGAAACACGGAGAUCAUUGAGAUGCUGAUACAGGCGAAAUGCGACAUCGAAGCGAGAGACAAGUUUGGCAUGCGGCCAUUGCACAUGGCGGCUUGGCACGGCCACCAGGACGCAGUGAAAAUGUUAAUUAACGCCGGAGCAAAUGUAACAGCAGUUAACAAGAAACAUUACACCCUGCUGAUGUGCGGUGCCCGGGGCAACAGCGUAGGUGUCGUCAAGUACCUCGCCGAAGCUGUCGAAUCGCUGAACGGAGAAGCAACCGAUUGCACAGGAGCUACAGCCCUUCAUCAUGCGGCCCUCACCGGACAUCCGGCCGUCAUCACAGCCCUGGCCAAUGUUCCUGGUGUCAGGUUGUCCGCGACAGACAAGAAAGGUCAGACGGCGAUGCACUGCGCUUGUGCGGAGGGUCACCUCGAGGCAGUGGAGGUUUUUAUCGGCCUCGGGGCAAACCUGGACGCAAAGGACAACGAGGGCAAUACCCCUCUGCACGUAGCGACCCUUACCAGACACACGAGUAUCGCCCAACUACUUCUGCGUAUGGGCGCAAGUACGGAGCUUCGGGACGAGUCAGGAAUGACCGCCUUACACGUGGCUGCGAGUCAAGGAUGCAAGGGAAUUCUCGAAUCAAUUGUUCAGCAGGGUGCUGCGCUUGACAAGCAGUGCAAGAAUGGAAAUACCCCCCUGCACAUGGCUUGUCAAAACAACGAAGUUGAAACGGUCGAAAUACUGAUCAACAAAGGAGCAGACUUGAACUGCCUCAACUCUAGACUGCAGUCGCCGAUUCACAUUGCCGCCGAAAUGGGACACACAGAUAUCUGCAAGCUGUUGUUAGCAGCUGGAGCUAACAUCGAACAACGUGAACAAGGAGGUAAAACACCCCUAUACAUCGCGGCGAGAGGAAGUUUUACAGCGAUCGUGGACAUGAUAAUUAGAACUGCAAGAUUAGAUUAUCCGACCCCGGAGGAUUCCAAUUCCGACAAGGAAGUUCGCGAAUUAACUCCGGCCAGAAGACGCUGGCGAGAAGAAUCCCGAGGCGGAAGUGUAUCCAGCGCGAGCGCUAAUCUCCCUGAAAGACUCAGGUCCAUUCUGUGGAGAUUAGCGUACAAACAACUCGCACCGCCUGAUUGGAAGAAGCUCGCCUUGCACUGGGCGUUCACUCACGAACAAAUCAGAGCCAUCGAACAUCAGUACACAGAAUCGAUCGCAGGCUCGUCGAGCUUCAAGGAACACGGUUUUCGGAUGCUGUUGAUAUGGGCGUCAGGUUUGCAUCCUGAAGUAAACCUCGUCAAGGAAUUAUACGAAGCUUUAUCCGCCAUCGAUAAAAAAUCUAUUGCCGAUGCGAUGCGUAAAAGGCUGGAUAAAGAAAGCGAGAGCAAGUCAAAAUCGAACAAACGUCGGUGUCACAAGUGUACAAUAACAUGAGCUCGCCCCCUCCUUCGGAACAUCCAGAGAUCGAAAUAUUGCGAUUGCAAGUGUGAUUUUGUGAGAAGAUAAUCGCUGUCAACGAUAAAACCCCAGUUGAGAGAUUAAUGAAAUGAAAUCAAUUUGAAGGAAUUAACCCGUUUGCGGGUGUUUUAAAAAUUAGAUAUCACAACGGGUGCUCUGUGUUGAACGAGGAAAACGCGAAGCGAGCUUUGCCCAAAUUUCGUUAUCCGUGCUUUCUCGUUAUACUCACAAUCAGUAGAAUGAAGGUGGAACAUAUCGUGUGGCUUCCAAUCCGCGAGACCUCCUUUAAAGUAACAUACGGCUAUGUAGGUACCUACGUAUAAGAGAAAUUCAGCUUUCAUAUGUCGUCU